CUAUGUUACUGUUUGACACCUGUCAUAUUAUGCAUGUUUAUCAACUAGCCAUCAACUUGUCUUGAUUAGUUAUUAAUUAAGGAUGCGGUCUUGUUUUUCUUGUGGAUAUUGGUAUUUAAGUGAAAUAAUGUUAAAUAGGGGAACUAAAGUAUUUUUUUGAAACAGUGAUCCUAAUGUAUGUUAUAGUUUAAUUUCAUUUUAUCGUUAAUAAAAUUGGACAGUGAGUUUCACAAGUAAAUUGACUACUGAAAUCGUAAUUGUAUCCGAAAUGAAUUCAAGAAAUGAAAUUGAGUUAAAGAACUUUUUUAUUUUUAAUUCAACUUACUGUAUAAAAGAAGGAGAGGAGCAAAACAAAAUCUUAUUUUAUUUCCCUCCAACGGAAGAUUUAAAUACACAAAUAAACAAUGUCGGGUUGGUGGAGGCAAUAAUUAAAUUUACAGGAAAUUUCAAAUCUCAAUGUGACACCCGUUCGCUACACACUCUGAAAACGAGACAAUUGUAUUAUCAACCUGAGAAGAAUUUUUGGAUGACAAUGACUCUUAAUUUACCAUUCAAAGUUAAAAGUAAGGAGGAAGUAGAGCAGUUAGAUUAUAUGGAAGAUGAAAUACAAGAUGAAGUAUACAAUGCAGUACUAAAGCAAGCAUAUGAUUUAUACUACUUGUUUUUUGGAUCUUUUAGUGAUGGUUCUGGCAGUGAUACAAUAUUAUUAAAAAGUAAACUAAUGAAUCAUUUCAGUCCUUAUUUGAAAUCGAUAAAGUUAGCUCACUGUGAUAUUAUGAAUAUAUUUAAUGGUAUACAUUUUUUACCAUUAAAUAAACAAAACUUUUUGAAUGUGCAGUGUUUUAUUAAUUUACUGGAAUGUACCUAUAAGUUUAUUAAGUAUACAGCAGUUUUGUUUAAUGAUUGUUUGAUAUGGAGUUCAGUGGAGCCCCCCAGCAUGCAAACAAUCUAUCAAUACUUGACCGGUAUAUUAUUACCUGCUCAAAUGGAAACAGAAAUACAAGGUGGCUCGAUGCCGCGGAAUUCCCCUUUUACUUCUACACACUUCGGCCGCUAUGUAACAGGUCCUUCAAAUCUUAAAUCGGCGGAAAGUUUAGGAAAAAUUCCCAAAGUACAUUUGAAUAGUGAAAAAUCUUCUGGUACCUACUAUAUGAUAUUAUAUAGAGCACUGAGUGCAACAGUUUGUUUAUUUGUUGCUGGAGAAGAGCUUAAUUUAUCUUUAUUCCGGGAUCUGGAUGAAUUUAUGGGUCCUAAAUUAACAACCAUAGCAUCUGAUAUAGCAGAAUAUUGUGCCAAACAUAUAACACCAAUAACCAAUGCUGAUAAUAGUCCCCGUUUUAUAUAUUUUAAUAAAUUAAACCUGGCUUGUAAAAGUACCGUACAUUUGGAUAAUCGUCAAUCUGGAAAUCUAGCAACAGGAAAAGACACUAUCAAAAUUAUGGUUGAUAUGGAUGACCAAAAAUCACUUAUUGGACUUUCGGGUGAAAUUAUUGUUAAAACAAUGAACGACUGCUGGGUUGUUGGUAGAUUUUCAAACUCAAGGGAAUUUUAUCUGGCUAUGCAACAAAAAAAUGCCAGCCUGAUAGAAAUUAAUGAUGAAGUAAAAAAGGUAUGUGAUACUGAAUUAAAAGGAAUAUUUUUUCAUCCAAUGUAAAAUUCCACAACUAUUGAAUAAAACAUUAUUUUUUUAACCCAAAAUGGCUGUUUGUUAUUGCUGCUACUUUGUUUAUGUCGGAGGUAUGCACAUAAACUACACCACGUCUAUUCGUAACCAUUUGAAACUAAUACUGUAGGCGAUACAUUAUACUAGAAAAGGUAAGAAAACAUUAAAAGGGAAUGUGAGAAAAACAAGUUUUCGUGGAAUACUUACAUUUGUAUGCUGUAAUUGUGUUUAGGGUGGUAAGUUUUUUAUAAUAUAUA